AAAACUAGACAAAUCAUUCUAUUAUCAUGAAUGCCUAGACUACUAGCCGUGCGAAUAGAUUAACCUAUCUUUAUUUAGCGAAGUCUUUCAUCACUGAUAAUGGAUUAUUUACUGGAAAAGUUCUGAGAUUCGAAUACAACGAGGUCGCAUCAAAGCCAGAUACACAGUUUGACCCUGUUGACAAGUUUGACAUGUACAUCUGGUGAAAGCCUAUGUAAAGGACAGAAGAAAUUAUUCUAGAUCUGAAAAAAUCUGUUGAUGAUCAGGGACCUAGAAGCUCACCAUGAUCUUAUCUCGGAACAGCGCAUUGAUGAUUCUCCAGAAAAUCAAAGAGACACAUUCAAUUUCACACAAACAUUUAAGGAAAAGUUGGAAUAUACCAUACAGAGUCGUAAACAGAAAUUUCUGUUGUCUUCAGCAAUGGAGAUGUGAUGAAAAUCGAAAACAAUUUUUAUGUAUCAGUCAGACUCUGGGUACAAAUUUACAUUUAUUUGGCAAUAACAAAUUACCUUUGUGUCACUUAGAUAGAUGCUAUACAAUCUGUCAUCAACAUAGUAAGAAAGUUUGUAAACAAGGUCAGUUUGUAACAAUAUUAGGAUGUGGAUAUUUAAGAAAUAAUUUAACAUUUUCUGGAACCAGAAAAAUUCAUGGCAGUUUUCAUCAUCUGAAAAACAUUCAUCCGAUAUACAAAGAAGGAGGUGGUGAUAUGGAGGAUGAACUUGAUUACUUAAAGGACAGUGCAGAUGAGAUGGAAGUAUUUGAGAAGGACGAAGAUUACCAGCGACUGGUACAGGAGUACUACAACAUUCCUGGUAUGGGACAAAGGGUCCUAGUUUUACAACCAGAUAUUAAAGGCAAAGGUCAGUCUUCCCUAACCACCCCAGACCUCCAGCUAGCUGAAGCAUGUGCCUUAGUGGAAACACUGCCAAAGUGGACUGUGGUGAAGAAAAUGGUGGUCCCUGUACAUAACCGACAUCUUCCUCAUGUGUUCAAUUCAGGACGCCUGGCACAGCUGACAGAGGAAAUCACCCAUAACAAGCAAAUUAGUAUGGUAUUUCUCAGUACCAAUAAACUGGCUCCUGCACAGAUAUCAGCCCUCCAGGAUCUCUGGAACAUACCAAUUAUUGACAGGUAUACAGUUGUCCUACAGAUUUUUAAGGAACAUGCGAAAACCAAGGAAGCCAAACUGCAAGUUGCUCUUGCUGAGAUUCCAAUGCUUAGACAUUGCAUACCUGAUGUUCAUGAAGGAAAACCUGACAAAACAUUUGGAGGCAGUCACUACCUUGGGGGAGAUACACACUACCAACAACGCUGGCACCUACUGGGGAUGAGAGAACAACGAAUAAAAGGCCUGUUGGCUAAGGUGAAGAAACAACGAGAAUUCCUGCGGAAAGGGCGACAGAAAAGACAACAACCGACAGUCGCUGUAGUGGGCUAUACAAACUGUGGUAAGACAACGUUGAUCAAGGCUUUGACAGGUGACCGUAAAAUGGAGCCUUUAAACCAGCUGUUUGCCACAUUAGAUGUUACGGCCCAUGGUGGUGCUCUACCUAACAAUCUGUCUAUCCUCUACAUGGACACCGUGGGCUUCAUUGCAGACAUCCCUACCACACUUAUUGAUGCCUUUGCUGCCACACUAGAAGAUGCCUUGGUUGCGGAUGUGAUAAUCCACCUCCAGGAUGUCAGCCACCCAGACAGGCUAGCUCAGAAAGAUAAUGUGCAGAAAACACUCCAAAAAAUUUUGACUGACAGUCAGUACAGAAAAGUCAUCAAUGUUGGAAAUAAAGUGGACCUUGUCAAAGGAGAAAAGUGUGACCCUGAUUGUAUCAACAUAUCGUCAGUGAGGGGUCAUGGUCUACAUGAACUACAGAUGGCCAUACAGAAAGAACUGCUUGUCAACAAAGCUCUCCUGGAGAAGAAAAUCAGCAUUCCUGCUAGUGGAGCACAUCUCAGCUGGUUAUAUAACCAUGCAACUGUUCAGGCAGUGGAUGCAGCGGUCAAGCCAAACCAUUUACUAGUGGACAUUGUCAUCUCACAUGGACUUUAUGCUAAAUUUAAGGCAAAGUUUGGAAAACCAGUUACCAGAAAGGUCAAAACAUAAAAGACAGAUUUGUGUGAGGAAAUGUCAUCUACACUAAAUUUAACAGACUCAGUACAACGUUCAUACUGAGGUUAUUUGAAAACCCAUUGUCUUUCAUGUGUGUUAAUUAUUUAUGAAUGAAACUAAA